AUCAUUAUGCGUCCACCAGUUCUGACGUUUUUUUUGUUGCUCUCUAUCAUCACAUUUACAUUGAAUACCCAAGCACUUCCUCAUCUCAUAUCACAUCGGAACAAAAAGGAAACUCUAGAUGAUGAUCAAUGCAUUCCAGUUGAUUUUACCGAUGGUCAAGUAGGACUUGUUAAUGUCAUAGCAUUUCUUGAUUCUUCCUGGCCAUUCAGUUACAAGCAAGCUGAUAUGUUGAAGAUACUGAAAGAGCGAUUGGAGCAUUCAGGAAUACCGGAAGUGUUGUUUUUCGCUGUUAUUAAUGACUUCUCAACCAUUGACGAUCUUCAGGAUAAAUUGGAAGAGGAGACUUGGAUGAAUGUAGCACCAGAAGAAGUAUUUGAGAUACAAAACAUCCUUGGAAACAUGUCGAAAUCAAAUGACGAUACUGUAGAGCUGCUAAAAGAGAUCAUUUCUCCGGAUAUUUUCAUCAUUGAAGACAAUGAAAAUCUUGGAAUCUCUAGAAAUCUCAAUGGAUCCCGUGACCAAGUGUUAGUGAUGGAUAGAUGUGGCAAGAUGACCUAUCAAAUCAUCGUUCCCUGGAGUAUUCUUCACUUUCCAUAUGUCAAAGCAGCAAUUUUAUCAACCUACAAAGAUGAUCCCUGUGGUCCUUGUGAUGCUUACGCAACUGUCAUUGAUUUUAAUCAACUCAGCAACAUUACAUCUACCAACAUUACAUCUAGUGAAGAACAACUAGAAGAGAUGAUGGUGUCAGAAAGUGACUUAGAACUACAUGAAAACAUUCAACUUGAACAUUCUGGAGACUUUGCAUCAAUGUUUGAAGUUCAAUCAACAGCUAUGAACCUUGAGGAAGCUAAUAGUAAUCGCCCUGAUGGUCUAAACGACCUGGAAAAUGGUGUUCCAAGUCUGAGAAUUAUUAUGCAUGCACCACACUAUCAUAUCAAUGAAGAUGCAGCAAAAAAACAUGAAUAUUUGGUGUUAGAAUGGUCUAAGCCUAACUAUCAUGGACAUCUAGACAGCUCAGAUGCUUAUACGUAUGAUAAAAGCUCUCGUAGAAGAUCUGGGAUGCUGAUAGACAGCAUUUUUUAUGAAAAAAAUGAAAGUCCAGGCUUUUAUGGUGAAGUUGCUGAUUACUGGAAGGAAAAUAGUCUAGAAAAAAACCCGGAAGAAAAUAAUAACGAUGCUUACGUUAAUUCGUCAUCAAGGCCUUCAGGUUACAAUGAAGAAUUACACAAUGUUAAUGAUUUAGGCAUCAAAAACUCUAUUGAUCCACUGAUGAAUGGUGAAUUUGUGACCCAGGAAGGAGAGGAAGAGUCAGGAAUAGUCACUGAAAAAAAUGAUGGUGAUGAGGAAGACAUAAAAAAUAAAUUAAUUGCCCAUUACAGUAAAUUAUUACCUUGGAUUUAUUAUGUAUUGAACGAUUGACAUCUUAUAAAUAA